AUCUGCUGACGUCUUUCCAUUCUUUUCGCACUACUUCCGACGGCAUUGUAGCCAUAGGAGGUUGAUUAUCGUAAAAUACGGUAAUCUAGCAAGUUUUCGACUUUUACUGUCUGUGUUUACUGUUCACAAUUCCACCGAGGCAGGAGAGUAGCCGUUGGGCCAGGGGAGGUUUCUCAGGUUUCAGCAGAUCUGUGUAUAACAAGUGUCCGGAAGGAGGGGCACUCUACAGGCUAAAGUUCGAUUACAACGCCGAACCUCCUUGGGAUCCCAGCUGAUAUUUGCUAAGGGUUCAAGACUUCAGAAUUUAUUAUAAUUACGUGUUUAUUAAAGUAUCUUAACAAGAUGAAGUGUAACUAUAUGACCGAUGUACAAAUCGUUGACGAUGUCGAAGAGGUAAUCGCAGAGAAAAUGAAGAAUGAUAGUGAAGAUGCAUUCUUCGUUGCUGACUUGAGCGACGUUGUUAGAAAACUGGACAAGUGGAAGAGACUACUACCACGAGUUGAUCCGCACUAUGCCGUUAAAUGUAACGAUGAUAUAUCUAUCUUGUCCAUGAUGGUGUCUUUGGGCAUGGGAUUCGAUUGCGCCUCCAAAGCUGAAAUUGAAAGAAUUAUAGGCCUAAAUGUUGAUCCAUCCAGAAUUAUAUAUGCUAACCCUUGUAAGCAAAAUUCUCACAUCAGAAUGGCUGCAAAGAAUGGCGUAUCUUUGACCACAUUUGACAAUGAAGAAGAAUUGUAUAAAAUUGCAAAGGUUCAUCCAGAGUGUCAACUGGUUCUUAGAAUUCUACCUCCCGAUGACAUAAAAGCGCAAUGUCAGUUAGGGAUGAAGUACGGAGCUCAUCCCAAAAAUUGGGAACAAUUACUCUUGAAGGCCAAAGAGUUAAAAUUGAACGUUGUAGGCGUAUCUUUCCACGUUGGUAGUGGCUGUUAUGAGGCUAAGGCCUUCUCAGCUGCUGUCCGAAUGGCUCAUGACGCUUUUUGCCUGGCAAAAACUCUUGGUUUUGAAUUCAAUCUACUAGAUAUUGGCGGAGGCUUUCCUGGGCAUGUAGGAGCACCAAUAACUUUUGAAGAAAUUGUUUCAGACCUAAAGCCUACUCUUGAUGAACUCUUUCCAGAAGAAAGUGGAAUUAGAAUAAUUGCCGAACCUGGACGCUAUUUUGUAGCAUCUGCCCUUACUUUGGUUGUCAACGUGAUUGCUAAACGAGAAACAGAAAAUGAACAGGGAGAAAAGUCCAUAAUGUACUAUGUCAACGAUGGCGUUUAUGGAUCAUUUAAUUGUCUACUCUAUGACCAUGCUGUAGUAACUCCAGAAUUUAAACAAGAUUACACGGGUAUCAAACAUGACUCAAGUGUUUGGGGUCCAACAUGUGAUGGCUUAGAUUGUCUUAACGAACGUAUUCGCUUACCAGAACUUUUCGUUGGUGACUGGCUUGUAUACAAAAAUAUGGGAGCUUAUACUAUGUGCGCUGCAUCAAACUUUAAUGGAAUGCCUAAACCCAACUUAUUCUACGUUGUCCUUAAUGGAAUAUACAAGAAACUAAAAAAUCCAACUCUGGUUGAUAAUCUUUCACCUCGUACUCCUCUAAUUGCUGUCAAAGCUUAAAUAAUUGUAAAUUUUGGUUUGCCUAAUUCUUAACCUACUUUUAAAUAUGCACGUUACAUAUCUAUAUAUAUUUUGAAAUAUAUAUAUACGUAUAUGAUAAGAAUUAAAAGAAAUUGAUUAUUUAGUUAAAACAAUAAAUGACAGUGUUACUCUUUUUU